AUGGACAUCGACGACGGACUCUCCGCCCAGUACCCCCUCCAGCCCACAAACGCCCUCGCUGGCCCCUCCACCGUCUCCGACGUCCUCCCGCCCCCAGCCCUCCCCCAGCCCCCACCCUACUUCACCAGCACACAGGACCUCGUCGCACGCUUCAAGCUCGCACCCGCCUACGACAAGUAUGUCCGCCCGUACGUCACCCCGGUCUCCACCGGCGGCCCACCGACCCCGCCGGGCGCCACAGACAAGGGUAAGGGCAAGGAGAAGGAGCACCCGCCCCGCGAGCCCCCCGACCUCUCCGCGACGCCCGCGGCCCACGACGGCGACGAAGAGGAUAGCAAGGGAGAAAAGAAGUGGAAGAAUAACUACAAGCAUCUCAUUAAGGGUAUACCUGGCAAACACUCCAUGAAGAAAGACGACUAUUUGACGACGAUGAUAUCGGUUCCGCCCAAGCAGAAGAUGGCCAUAACGCCGUUCGACUUGAAAACGCAGCGGGAGGCGUUUUCCGUCAGUCUUGAAGGACUCAAGGGUUGGAAUAUCAACGCCUUGGUGGCAGAGUCACCUCAAGCGCGGGAGGACAGGAAGAAGCGGAAGGAGAUGAAGAAGCGUGCAAAGGCGGGCAUCUUGCCCGCCACACUUGUCGGCACAAGCACACCGUCCGGAUUUCCCGCGACUCCAGCGCCCACGGCGGCCCCGACACCAGGCACUGCAGGGGGCCCUGCUCGUACAGCGACACCAAGGCCUCGACAACCGUCAGGGCCUCAUACAAGUACCGGCCAGGCCCGAGGGCGGACACCCGUAGGCAUCGGGACGCCACAGUCGAUGUCUACCCCCGUGUCGGGGCCUGGACCGGCCGCCUACGCUUCUCCACCCGCAGUUGCGCCACCGCCUGUGGUGGCCCAUACGCCGGCUACGAUGCAACGUCCACAGUCCGGCAUGGUGCAGGAACUAGCGGUGCCGAAGCGCGGCGUGAAGCGCGAGCGUGAGCAAACGGCGGACGGUGUGUCCGUGAACGGCACCGUCCCUACCCAGGGUGCCCCCGGGAGCACAGCGAAGCCGCUCGUGGUUGUCGGCGCCAAGGCCGGCAGCGCUGGGGUACGCCCGCGGCCUGUCAAAAAGCAGCGCAUGGACUCCGCGGGUCAGGCGCGCGAGAUGCCUGUGCAGCAGCCCACACCGCAUGCCUAG